GGCGGAGGCGGCGGGAGGCAGGAUGAGCGCACGCGGGGAAGGCGCCGGGCAGCCGUCCACUUCAGCCCAGGGACAACCUGCCGCCCCCGCGCCCCAGAAGAGAGGACGCGGCCGACCCAGGAAGCAGCAGCAAGAGCCAACUGGUGAGCCCUCUCCUAAGAGACCCAGGGGAAGACCCAAAGGCAGCAAAAACAAGAGCCCCUCCAAAGCAGCUCAGAAGAAAGCAGAAGCCACUGGAGAAAAACGGCCACGAGGCCGACCUAGGAAAUGGCCACAACAAGUUGUUCAGAAGAAGCCUGCUCAGGACUAAAGCAGUCAGAAUCACCUUCCCGGUACAUCACGUGUAUCCAGAAUUACAAUGGCUCUAUUGUGAAGGCUGGUAAAUCCCUCAAAUGCUGGAACCUUCCCUGAGCUUCCAGAAUGCCACAUCCUGAGAUGGGGAUGCAGAGUGACAAAAUUCACUCUGAGGAGACAAAUUCAGGGUUAUGACAGAUCUCAAAAUUUAGAUGCUCAUUUGUGUUUCUGUAUAUAAGUACAUGUGUCUAGGGAGGAAUAAAAUUUUAAGGGGAACUCUAUUGGGGGAGGCGGGGUGUGAUUGAACAAUCCACCAGGUACCAUCAGCCGCAAACCUCAAGUGUGCUGCCUAAUCCCCGAUGGGAAAGUUAGUCUCUUAGAAAUCUAAAGGGGAAAAUCUGCAAUAUUCAUAUUAACUUUUUUAAAAAUUCCAAAACCAGUAAAAACAAAAGCUUACUAAGGAACUCUACUAUAUUUUCAUUCUUAAAGUGACAAAAUCAGCAAUAAAUAAAAAUUAACUAAUUUCCUAGGUUUUAACCAUUUGAAGUGGUUGAAUCCUCCGCUCCAUGGGCCACAUUCUUAACUUCAGUAGGAAAUAGUGGUAGAUUUUGUUGCUGUCACCAUUGUUUUAAUUUUAAAAAACACUAUAAAUGUAUCAGGUUGUCAUCCUUGAUUGAGGGAGCUUUGUUUCUCUAGUUUUUAUUUUGAUAAAAAUACAUUUCGCCCUGGCCUGGUGGCUUCAGUUAAUGAGAGAGUUGCCUCCUGCACAGAAGGGUCUUGUGUUCGAUUCCCAGUCAGGGCACAUACCCAGGUUGUGGAUUCGGUCCCCAGUCAGGGUGUGUACGGGAGGCAACGGAUGGAUGUUUCUCUGUCUCUUUCUCCCUCUCCCUUCUUCUCUCUUCUGUAAUCAAUGAAAAAAAGUAUCCUCAGGUGAGGAUUUAAAAAAAUAAAGACUACGUCUCACUCUAUCUCAGACUUCUAACAAAAUUUUGCUGGUUUAUCAGAUAUUAAUGUUUUUUUGAUUUCCCCCUUUGAAGGCUUUAAGCAGAGUUUGGAAGUGAAUCCCUAUAUGUUAUUCAGAUUUUUUUUUCCUCACCAGAGCCCUACCCACAGGAUAAACACAGGUUUUUAAAAUCCCAACAGUUAUCCUUCCUUUCCACCCAAUUUCCUCAUUGUUGGCAGCCCUGGCAAGCUACACCUCUAGCAAUUAAGACAGGUAUAAACCCAUUCCCUUUCCCCUUCCCAGUGAGAGAACUGGCAAAUGUUCUGUUUCUGAAAGAUUGGAAACAUGCUCUCUGUUUCAAAAUAAGAGUUUUUACCUGCAAAUACCAUCUCCUGCGGGCGGUGUGUAUCAGGGAGGAGAAACCUCUGUAAGCCUUGGUUAUCAGGAGGGGUUUUUGUUGUUUUUUUUCUCCCCUUCAAAAAAAAAAAAGUUGAAUGUUUUUACAGAGACUUCAAGGGCAGUUUUAAGGAUGUUUAUAUUUCAGACAACCUAAACAUUGUUUGGAGCAAAAUGAGAGAUUUCAUUUGGGGACAAGCAAGUUGAUGAAUUGCAGUCAGCAUCGUGUUCUCAAAGAAGGCAUUUUUACUGGGGGCUUUUAGUCUAGACAUGCUGAGGAAGAAGGAGGAAGGAGAAAGAGGGGUGAGCAUUCUCACUCUAACACUCAUCUUUUACAUGGCACCUUGGCCAAUGCAAUAAAUAGUUCAUAAUAAAUCAGACUUGCAAAUAGUCCGUCUUGUGCUCACUCGGGAAGCCUAGUGAUUUACAUUGCCUAAGUCAUAAAGAACACUGAUUUAUUUUCCUACUUAGGCUCUUUCAAGCUGGUAAAACAUUUUGUGGGCCAGUAAAUGUUUGGUACCAACUGGUAAAACAUGAAGAAUUAUAUCAAAGUCCACCCUGAGUGGCACUGUUUUGCUGUAUAGGAAAUACUGUUUUAUUUCGCCCCUGACCUCUGGCAUUGCAAAGGUCAAGGGAAAGGGAGAGCGCAAAGUAGAAACCAACGUUUAACCCUACAAUAAAGUAGCUCCAGGACAUAACAGCACAGGAGCAGGGCAGAGGAAACAUAUCAACAUGAUUAUUAACUGUAAACAUAUGGAGUAAUUAGCUCACAGUGGUAACAGAGGAACAUUGGCAAGAUGAAUCUAGCGGUGUGUGGGCAGCGAAUGUCUUAUAGAGACAUAAACUUCUAACAGAAGUGAGAGAAUAUCACCCAAUUUGGGGAAAUAUAUAAAACUCCAAAAGGAAAAAUUUAGUGUUUCUGGACUUGACAGAUUUCAUAGAGUUUUUAAAAGUGUAAUUGUUUUUAACGGUGUGGUGAAGUCUGUGUGUUAGACUGGAAAUAAAAUGCCAAUGACUGCCUGCUUUUUCUCUGCAUUCUGAUGUGAGUUGGAUAUAAAGCAACAUAUUUAUUAAAUAUGUAAGCUUCCUUAUUAUUAGCCAAACUUGCUGACCCAAAUUAAUAUAAAUAAUUGUAAUCCUUAAUUUUUAAUACAAAUAUGUUGCUUUAUCCAGGUACUUCCUUUACAUUCAGGAAAUGUUUGCUGGACACCCAGAUGUCCAUUAAAUAAUUACUUGUUGACAUACUAUUGUUACUGAUAUUUUCAUAAUCUUACUCAAAAGUCCUAGGAUAAUGACAAAUGAUUGGUGUAGUCAUGGUUAAAAUCCAGAAAUUUUCUGUUCCCUGGCAACCAAUACAAGUUAUGCAAAGUUUUAUACACAUAGAAAACAAAAAAGGUUUCUUCUAGUCUAUUCAUCAGUAAACACACCUGGAAUAUAACCAUUAAGCAGCCUUCACCACAACCAUUUUUUAAAAGUACUUUGCACAAAAACAAGAAUAUUCCUCAACAGUUUGGGAACUGUUGAAAUAAAUUUCCUCCUUCUGAGUGCUUCCUUCAUGCAAAAAUCCUUCUGCUAUAUCUUUAGUUAUUUUUUUAUAUGUGAGGUUCCUUCAAUGAGAAUUAGAACUGGCCUGGAAAGUUGAUCAAGCUGCCCUAGCUGGUUUGGCUCAGUGGAUAGAGCGUCGGCCUGCAGACUUGAUGGGUCCCGGGUUCGAUUCCAGUCAAGGGCACAUGCUCAGGUUGCCGGCUCGAUCCCCAGUAGGGGGCAUGCAGGAGGCAGCCGAUCAAUGAUUCCUUCUCAUCAUUGAUGUUUCUAUCUUUCUCUUCCUCUCUGAAAUCAAUGAAAAUAUAUAAAAUAAUUUAAAAAUAGAAAGUUGAUCAAGCUCAUGAUCCUCAGAAAUCAUGGCUUACAGGAUCCUGAAACUUGCAAUCAGUUUAAACAUAAAAUGAUUUUCCUCUCUGAAAAAAAAAAAUGUGACUCCCUUCUGGAGGCAUUUUUAUAUAUUCCUUCCUCCCAGGAAAGGACUUUGCAGUAUUCUAGGGAUCUGUGGCCUCUGUUUGCCGUAUUUCCAGUGAAGGAACUCUGAUCAAGGGCAAAGGAGACAGACAGAAGUGCAUUUUAGAAACUUAAGAUGUCUUACGUUUGUUUUUCUUUCUCAAGAAAAUCUAUUAUUGGAUCACAGGUAAAGAAAUAAAACAGGAUGAAUAGCUGUAAUUAAUAAUCAUAGUUCCCCACUUAUAGUCUUACAAGAUUUUUACUUUUAUUUUUUCCUUCAAAAUUUUCCCCUUUGGUUGUCACAUUUUUUCCUCCCACCUUGAGUGGCAAGUAGAUGGGUCUUAUCCCUACUAGUAUGACACAGUGGGAAUAAGACAGGUUAGACAACCCGUUCAUUCCAGGGUUGGUGCUAUGGUCAGUGACAUCUAGGACCAACCUUCUUUUUUAACCAUCCCCCAAUAAGACCUUUGAACUGACUGCAUUAAGCUGAUGGUAACACAUGCAAGGAAGUCCUGAUACUUCUAUAUUUUUAUAAACAUAAAGCUACAAUAGAAAAAAGAUGGGGGACAGCUGCCAUAAACAUCCCAACUUCUUAUGUCUCCUUUUGCAAAACAGAUUUGCCUCCUAACCUUUCCACCAGAAUCAGUUGCCAGAUCCUAUGGUUUAUAUAUGUUCCGUUUAAUGUAUUUUUUAUAAACCUAAUAUAAAGUUUUCCUAGUUGGAGGAAGUAAUCACUUCCCAUUAAGUCAAACAGUCCCAAUCCAUUGGAAGUUAAAAUAUCUGACAGAGAAAUAGAAACACUCAGCUUUGUGGUCUGGUGGGUCGAGACAGAAUGGUGGUUGGUUUCUGGUCAUUGCUGCCAACGAGGAGAGCCCAUUAUUUCUGCUCUGGCAGGACUGGCUCAAGAUAGUCGUGGACAUGAAAAUAUCUUAAAGGUGUCAUUCCAAGUCCUUAAGGAAUUAAACAUAUUAAGAUAACAAAAGGAUGAUGUCAUGAAACCAUUUCUAAAUUAUCAGAUAUUUGUAGGGUUUGGGGGGUUUUUUGCAAGGUAACUUAAAUUAAAAAUCUUGUGUUUUUAUCCUGCAACAUCUUAUAGUAAACGUUGCAGAAUUCUUUGCAAUCAAGGGGGAAAAAUAGACGGAUUGAUUGAAGCCAACACAGACUCCUUACUACACACAAAGAGGGACAUCCUGGUGACACAACUCCUCAAGUUUGCAGGCAGGCUAUUUCGUGAUUCUAUUUAGGGUUCAGUGGCCUCCCACUACAGACCUGCUAUUUAGUCUGCACAUGAAAAUUAAACCCAGAUACUGAGCUUUCCUCCAGCUCCACCCCUACCCAUGGCUCUGUGGUGAGAUCUAGGAUUCAACUCUUAAAACAUCUUAAAAUUCC